GUUUCAUGUAUCAGUAUUCAGGAUAUUGAGCCUCGGUGUGUAUCCUUGAUCUAUUUCUUACAUUCACUUCGAAUGGUUACUCCUCUGUUGCUCUUUAUAUCUUCUAAUUCCCCGUCUUGAUUUCUUGUUGUUCUUGACACAGCCAUUGUGUAUUUUACCGAACUUUACUUUCAAUAUAACAUCAACACCUGUUGUGUAUACAUCCUUACUGUAGAUCCUUACAACCUCCAAAUCACACAUAAUGGGUUCUGUCCAAAGAUCUGGAAAUUGCGAUUACGACGUUGUUAUCGUUGGUGCUGGCUUAUCGGGAAUUAAUGCUGCAUAUCGUAUACAAACAGAACUUCCAGGCCUGACCUAUACUAUACUCGAGAAUCGCGGAGCAAUUGGCGGAACGUGGGAUCUAUUCCGAUAUCCUGGCAUUAGAUCCGAUUCGGAUUUGCAUACAUUUGGAUUCCCAUGGCGACCAUGGUUGAGCUCCCAGUCGAUCGCUGAUGGUGAAUCAAUCUGCAAAUAUUUUAAAGAAUCUGCCGAGGAAUAUGGUAUCGAUAAGAAGAUACAAUUCUACCAUAAUGUCACAUCGGCAGAUUGGUCAACGGAACAACAGCAAUGGUCAUUAGCAGUUGAUGCGGGUGGAAGGCAGAGCACUAUAAAAGGACGAUGGAUUAUUUGGAGCACAGGUUAUUAUGACUACAGCGAGGCAUUGAAAGUCGAAAUACCUGGAAUAGACGACUUCAAGGGCAAGAAGAUACAUCCUCAAUUCUGGCCCCAGGAUCUCGAUUACACAGACAAGAAAAUAGUCGUUAUUGGAAGUGGUGCUACGGCAAUUACAUUGAUACCAAAUCUGGCAGAUAAAGCAACCAAAGUAACAAUGUUACAACGAAGUCCUUCGUGGAUAAUGGGGGUUCCCGCAAGAGAUUCCACCGGAAGUUCCAUGCGGAAAUAUCUUCCAAGUUGGGUGGCUAGCCAAUUGAUUCGUUGGAGAUUCCUGGUACUCCCGUUACUAUUCUUCCACUUCUGUCGUCAGUUCCCCAGCACAGCCUGCAAACUCCUCCGAUCCAGAACUAAGAAGGAAAUUCCUUCAACCAUUCCCAUCGAUCCUAACUUCAGCCCCAAAUAUAAUCCUUGGGAACAACGUCUAUGCGUUUGCCCAGACAGCGAUUUCUUCAAAUGUCUUCACUCAGGAAAAGCUGAUAUCGUAACUGAUACCAUUAAAACCGUCACCUCAUCUGGUAUUGAGCUCGAAUCGGGGAAAAGCCUCGAUGCAGAUAUAAUUAUCACAGCCACUGGACUUAAAAUGCAACUUGCCGGCGGCGCCAAAGUGAGCAUCGAUGGCGUCCCCUACGACUAUUCCACCAAAUAUAUGUGGAAAGGCAUGAUGCUUCAAGACAUGCCGAAUGCAGUAACAGUCAUCGGUUAUACAAACGCUUCAUGGACUUUGGGGGCCGACACUACCGCGGGAGUAUUGGUUCGACUGCUUAAACACAUGCGAGAGAACAACAUCGUAUCAGCUGUUCCGAAAGUUCAUGGCGAUAAGAUGAAUUCUCAGCCCAUGUUGAAUUUGAGUAGUACGUAUGUCGAGAAGGCAAAGGGAUAUUUGCCCAUGGCAGGAGAUAGAGGUCCGUGGCAGCCAAGGCAGAAUUAUCUUGUUGAUUAUUGGGUUGCGCAGUAUGGGAAUUUGACGGAGGAAUUGGAGUUUACUGCCGCUGGGGGUGCAGGGUUUGAUAAAAAUCAAUGAUUGUAACGUUUGUACGAAUUAGAUGGGAGGUCGAUCGGUUAAAUGGGGGUCCGGAUGUAUAUUUGUUUUUAAUUAUGUUGCAAUAUGUGUGGCAUGUAUUCAAAUUUCAAGGAUCACAUUCUUCACUACGUUUAAGUAUGAGUAUACAAUACAGAUUUAUAUAAGAGAUCUA